GCUAAAAUGUGAUACUAGAAGCGGUUUUAGCAGUUAACCAUUGCCAGAGCUUAUUGUACGGCGAUUCCGAUCCUAGGCAAUUGCUGGUGGCAAAUUAAAGGUUUUGAUUCUGGAGAAAUGAACAGUUAAUUGCUGAUUUUCAUAGCCUCGUAUAAAUUGGUAAUCGGGGAUGAUGAGUGGUCAGAUGUGCCUAAUUAGGGAGAAAAUAAUGUCUUAAUGACGCGAUUUACUUGGAAAAUGAUAUUCUUUGGACUUAAUAGUGCACGAAAAAGAUGAUUCGCAAUUAGCCGGGAAUCGUUUCUCUCACAAACGCGUUUUAUGACAGCGGCAUAACUGGUGUUUCUUGUAACGUGUGUAUAAACAACGUGUUGAUUCAUUAAAAAAAACAAGCGCAUUUCUCGUUUGUACUAGCAAAUGACAUAAACGCUAGCAUCGAAAAUGGAAGGACUUUUACCGUAUGCACGUGGCUUUUUCUACCACAUUCCUUUUACAACAGCACACAUCAACACGUGGCAUCCUCACAUAUACAAUAACCCCGUGCGCAACCCGACACCAUUUCUCAUAACUAACAUUCUCGACCUUGAAGACGCUGAUGACGACGAACAGCUCCGUCGGGAUAUGAGCAAUUCACCGUCGGCAAAGAAGACGCCGAAAAUACGUGCAGGGGAUUCAGUGUUUGCUAACGACAUCUUGUCCACCGGUCGGCUGUUUGCCGCUGCAACCGGCGGGGUUCGCUAUCAGGGACUCGUGGUUCCGUCGGCAACUGGAAUUGAGCGGCACGUGGACAGUGAGGCGGACCGGCAGGAACGGCGACACUCGAGUUCCCCGUGCAGCUCGCGUCAACGGGAUUAUGUGGACUCUCCACCGCAAGAUUCCGAGCGCGUUAGACGCACUUCCGACAAACAUAAAAUGUCGUCUGAUUCAGCAGACGACUUCAGCGACAAUGGUCUGGUGUCACAGAAGAAGAAAAAGGCGCGAACGACGUUUACCGGACGUCAAAUAUUUGAGCUGGAAAAGCAAUUUGAGCAGAAGAAGUAUUUGUCGUCUGCCGAGCGGGCGGAAAUGGCAUCACUAUUAAACGUUACGGAAACGCAGGUAAAGAUCUGGUUCCAGAACAGACGGACGAAGUGGAAAAAGCACGAGAACAUCACGGCUGCUGACGCACCCGAAACGCGCCUCCAGGCCGAGCGAAACCCAGAUGUCGCCAAGGCCAUCCAGAACGCCGCCAAGCUCAAGAAGGCGAAAGAGCGCUUAGAGGCGGCGGCCGCGGCGGCACAGGGCGCCCGGAAGCAGCAACCAGGUGUUAGCGGGGUUAAUAACGGCACUCCCGUCAAUCAGCCGUUGGAUUUUACCAUGGGAAGCUUGAACAGUGUGGAACGACAGCCUGAGAGCUCGUCUGAUAGCGAUGAUGACGUCAUUAAUGACGCAAUAACUGCGCCUGACUUAAAGAGCGUUAAAACAGACGUCGCUUGCGUCUAUGAACAGAAUGCAAAUAGUUCACUCGACGAUCAUGAUAUUGAAGUCAAACAUUCGGAUAUUAUAAAAGAAGAAACUAUGACUGAAGGAUCAGAAGACGACGAACCUGUUGAUGGUGAACAUUCAGGAGAUGACUUUGAAACAAUGAUGGAUACAUCAGUUGACACGGGGGAGUGUAGUGAACAGUUUGAUCGUGAGCAACGGUUUUCACCAGAUGUUAGAAAAUGCGAUUUAUUUAACAUGGAAAGUUGCCGCUGACUACG